UAUACUGCGUUGUGUUUGGAAUCCAUUCAUAAUUGCAUUGCCAUUGUUUUGGACCUCGCUUCCCUCUCAGUCUCAGAAUGGCGGCUUUUAUGAGUUUUCCUGUCACUCGGACCCACGCAAAGUUUUCUCGAUUUAACUUUCCUGUAGACCACAAUUCUCUCCACCUUGGCAUAUCUAAGAGUGCAUCUAGUAGAUUUCUAGGAGAUAAACUUGACAAUUAUGCAAUUGUGUCUCUGGUUACUGAACAUGAAAGCUCAACUGCAGAGGACAGGGAGCUGUUUGUUUGUUUACAAAUUUUAGAUGAUGCGGUGGUGAAGAAAUCCAUCUCACUUUCUCAAGUGUCAGAAUGUCCAGAUACUGUUACUGUCUAUGCAACUGAAAUAUUUCAUAAACACUACAAAAUAUUAGAUCAUGAAGACGUCUACAUCAGACCCGUCAAAUCGUUUCCUCUCGCAAAGGCUGUGUUUGGAGCAAGGACAAGCAGAUGCUACGAAUGGUCAAAGAAGAGGCUUUUUAGUACAGGACUCCUUGUGUCGGCAUGUCAACAAAAAGUCUUAGUGCGGGCAAAUGAUAGAUUUCUUGCACCUGUUAUCCCAGUGUUUAGUGGGGAUGAGACGUACAGCCUAGCGAACUACAUGGAUUUGAUUGCCUUGGAAUGCGAGCCUGUUACACAAGGGAUAAUUUCAGUCAACACCUCAAUUGUGAUCACAGAUAUUUCUAGCAGCAUUGGCUUCCCAGAUGAGAGACAUAUCAGCCCUAGACCAAACAGAAUUGACAGAAAAGAUGGAUCUGAAGAUGGAAUGGAAUCACCUUGUUUUCAGCUCCCGGAACCUCGCAUCAUGUCCGACUUUGCCCAAGGGCUGCUUGAGAUUGAAGACCACCAUGAAGUACAAAAUCAGCACUCUGAUUCUGGUACAGCUGACGACAUGUCUCUUUCAUCUGGAACUACGAUUAACAUGAAUGGUGAACAUCGUACUGCCUCCAGUCUUCUAUUGAGACCAGUGCUGAUGCCAACAUCUUCUGCACAUCGGAAUACCUUUGGAAAAGGGAACAGAUCCAUUUCUAGUUCAUUCAUUGGUGACCAAUGUGAAUUAGCUUAUAAGCUUGGUGUGACAAAAGAUACACUGGACAAACUUCAUGCAUACAAUGGUAGUUGGGUCACAGUAACAUUGGCAGAACAUCCAUCAGAGAUGGAAGAUGAAACUGUGAGAGCAGACCUAAUCAAUACGGACGUUGAACUGGACGAAGCUGCCAUCUCAAUACUCGUCCCAAGACCUGGUAAUCUGGACCACAUUCAAACGUCCACCCCGAAAAAUUUGACUGUGAAAUCUGUCUCGUCAAAGCCACCAAUGUCUGACCAAACAGCCUCUGAUUCACAGAAUGAUGUCAUUGAUUCCAAGGAGGACAAAAGAAAUGAACAAAAGGAUGAAAAAACAUUGGAUCAACCUCUGCUUCCAUCUCAGGAAGGUCAACAAAAGCGAGCCCAUCUCGCUCAAAUCUUUGUUGUCAACCCCAAACUCUUCCCAAAUGGUGAUAAGAGGGGUAGGAGAAGUGGAGCCCAUGUUCCUUUUAACUCAAAUGAAGUUGAAUUCAUUGUGGAAGAUGAUUCAUUGGCGAUAUCCCCACAGCUUUGGUUCAACAUCCAAGAUCACCCUUCUCAACUCAUACAACCAGAUACCAUGGUGUCUGUAAAGCUUGCGACAGAUGAACUAGAAGAAUACUCCAGUAUUCUAGCCACAUCACAGAGUAUCACUACAAGCUGCAAGCCUCCUAUUGCCACUGCUGUUCAUCUCUCCCUCAUCAAGUCACCACACUAUCCAAUGACAAGCCAGUUUGAUGAUGCAAUAAAGAAGUACUUCUCUGUCACUAGGCUACUAUCCAAAGGGGAUGUGAUCAGCCUCAGCACAAGAGCAUUCCCAGAAUUCACCCAAGAAGCUGGAGAAGGGGGAGGUCAACGUCUGCCCAACAUUUACUUCCUGGUCAACAAGAUAGUUUCACCAGUGGAAAGAGCUUUAUCUUACCUUGUCAACGUCUUGCACACAACAGUCUAUCAGGAAGGACCAAAGCCAAGCUUUAUUCCAGUGACAUCAGACGUCUAUCUUAGCAACAAGUUAGAUCCACUGUGGGCAUCUCCAGUUCCCACAGGGAUCAGUAAAUAUCCAUUUCAAUUGGAGCAACUCAUUCUUCCAUUUCUUUUGGGCAGGGUCCAGUGUGAAAGACUACCCUCAUCUAUUCUCUUAACCGGUCCUGCUGGUAGUGGUAAAGCUACCGCUGUGAAAGCCGUUUGCCGUCAGCUCAACCUGCACUGCAUCAAUGUCAACUGCUACGAUCUUCUCGCUGAUACCUCUGCAGCUACUGAGGCUAAAGUCAGGAAUACAUUCUUCAAAGCUGGUAUGAGUGUCCCCUGCAUCAUUCUACUGAGGAACAUACAUGCUAUAGGCAGAGACCGAGAAGGGUCCGGAGAUGACCUGAGAGUAGCAGCAUACCUGAAAGAGACUAUUAACAAUCUCCAUUCAACAUAUCCUGAUUGGCCAAUGAUAGUCGUAGCAUCAGCACCUUCGGCAAAGCGUGUGACAGCAGACAUCCAGAGCUGCUUCCUACACCAUUUGGAAAUGGAGGUUCCCAAUGAGCAGGAGAGGUGUGAUAUAUUGCAAGCCCUUUGUGAGAAGGUGUCUUUGGCAGCUGAUGUUGAGAUACCCCACAUUGCUAAAAGAACAGCCGGUAUGGUCCUUGGUGAUCUUGCUGCUCUUCAUGCACACACCAUCAGAGCGGCACUGUCCAGGAUUGUAGCUGCCUGUUCUGUAGGUAGCAAGCUAUCCAUCCAGGAGGAGAAGGAUAUCUGCGCUGCCGGAGUACAGAUCCAUCAGAGUGACUUUGAGGUGGCCCUCAGCAAGCUCCAGUCUGCGCAUGCUGACAGCAUUGGUGCUCCUAAGAUUCCUAAUGUGAGCUGGGAGGAUGUUGGUGGUCUGUCCGAUGUGAAGGCUGAGAUCCUGGACACCAUACAGUUACCUCUACAACACCCUGAAUUGUUUGCUGCAGGACUCAGAAGAUCAGGUGUCUUGUUGUAUGGGCCACCUGGAACAGGAAAGACGCUUCUAGCCAAAGCUGUUGCUACAGAAUGUUCUCUCAAUUUCUUAAGUGUGAAAGGACCAGAACUGAUCAAUAUGUAUGUUGGGCAGAGUGAAGAGAACGUCAGAGAAGUGUUUAUACGAGGACGGAGUGGAUCACCUUGUGUGAUAUUCUUUGAUGAGUUAGACUCCCUUGCACCCAACAGGGGACGUAGUGGAGAUUCCGGAGGAGUUAUGGAUAGGGUGGUUUCUCAAUUACUUGCGGAGUUGGAUGGACUCCACAAGUCUGCGGACGUCUUUGUGAUUGGCGCCACCAACAGACCCGACCUCCUAGAUCCAGCCCUUCUAAGACCUGGAAGGUUUGAUAAACUUCUUUACCUAGGAGUAAGUGAAGAUAGAUCAUCACAGUCAAGAAUUCUUCAUGCCCUGACAAGAAAAUUUAAUCUGAGUCAGUCACUGGAUCUUGAUGUGAUUGCCGAGCAAUGCCCUUUGACCCUGACUGGAGCUGAUUUCUAUGCACUGUGUUCUGAUGCCAUGCUUGGGGCUAUCAAGAGAAAGAUAGCAAGUCUAGAAGCAGGUGAAACAACUGACCAAAGCAGCAUAGUGGUAGAGGAGAAUGACUUCUUGCAAGCUCUUGAUAGAUUAGUUCCAUCUAUCUCAGAGCUUGAACUCAAUCAUUACAAACAGAUCCAAAACAGGAUAAACAGGGGCUUAUAAGUCUAUAUGACAGAUCUUUCCAAAUUUUUCAAAAGGUGGUGUAGAUCAGUCAGUAAGAACACCUUGUAUUUGGGAUAAGAUUAAAUACUCGCAAUGUGCUUUCGGUCGAGUCCAACAUGGCGAAAGACGUCUUACAAAACAGAUGUGCUGGCUGUAUUCAGUGCAGGUAUGAAUUCAGUUGGAAACACUCCAUCCAUUGGAAUGGAUGCUGCUGUUGGUCUUGUGUGUAGGAGGGUCACAACCUAUCCAUGUUAAAACCAUUACACUUUGCAUAAGAGAGGAGGGUGUUCACUCAGUGUAUUGCACCUGCUGGACCCUGCAAUGCUACAAGAAACUUCAGAAAUGUAGGAGGCAGCAUAGCAAAGAAGUAGGAGAAGAAGAAGGAAGCGGUGGUAGAAACAGAAUGAAAGAUGAUAAAAUUUGAGAAAGGAGCAGAAAGGGAAUUUAAAGAAGGAGAAGAAGAAGAAUAAUGAGGAGGAGGAAGAGAAAGGGAGGAGAAGAAG